ACUUAACUUCUCACUAUUCUGACCACAUCAAUGAGUUAAAUGUACAUGCACACACAAAGCUGAUCGCAACUACACUUGUUAACAGUAAGGGAUGAAGAUGCUUCACCUGGUGAUUAUUCUACUCAAGAUGUCUGGUGUUCUCACUCAGAACAGUGAUUGGGGUGUGAAAUAUCCCGCUGGUCCGAUCUGUGCUGUGAGAGGAUUCAGUGUCUCCAUUCCCUGUUAUUAUUAUUAUUAUUCACAGCCAAAUACUCAGGUGACACAAAUGCUUUGGUGCUCAAUGAACUCAAACACAGGUGUUUGUAGGGACCCUCCGUAUGUUUAUGACAGCUCAUCAAACACCAGCUCAGACUUUGAGUACGCUGGAGACAACAAAUCAGACUGCACUUUAUUAAUCCACAAUGUACAGUUUAAUUAUUAUGGAGAGUACAGAUUCAGAUUUAUAACUGCUAAUCCUACUGACAGAUGGACAGGUGUUCCUGGAGCGACUCUACAAGUUGCAGAUUUAAAGGUGUCACUAAUCAGGCUCAGUGGAAACGGGACCCUUAAACAAGGAGACUCGUUAAAUCUGACGUGUGAUGUGAACUGCACACACAGUUCCUCACAGUUCAUGUGGUCUAAGAACAACAAGCUCUUACCUGAAUCAGGACCCGUUCUUCACUUUCCUGCUCUAACCGUGAGGGAUUCUGGGAAUUACACCUGCACUUGGAAAACCAACGUGACAUCGGGAUCUAAAAUGAUCAGCCUUCACGUCGAAGGUGAAAAUCCAGAUAAGUUGAUCUGGAUCAUUGCUUUGGUGAUAGCUGGAGUGAUUUUUAUCAUCUUAAUCAUCUUAGGAGCUAUGAUCUUCAACAGAAGGAGGAAGGACGAUGCUCCAGAAGACAAACGCGGAAAAGUUGGAGAGCAAACACAGUCGCCACAGGUAAAGCAGGUUCCUCAGCCCAAUGAAGAAGUGUUGCAGGAGGGGGAAGUGACCUAUGCAUCUGUACAUGUCAAAGACACCAAACUGAACAAUGGGCAUGUCCACAUUGAGCCGAAGGAUGACCCAUCUGUUAUAUACAGUACUGUGAAAAUAAACUGAUCACCUUGAGGCAUUUACCUGACUCAGGUAGCUUCAAUUAUGCAACCACUAUUUGCUCCUCGAAGCUCAAUUCUGAGUGCACGAUGACGACACCUGCUGGUGAAGAGGAUAUUUUACACACACUCCUGCUGCCCCAAUGCGUCGUGAUCUGUUACACUUGAUUAGUUCUCAAUGCUCUACUCCUGCUUCUUCAUCUUAGAGCUUUCUACGCAUACGACUCGCAUUCCUGCUACAGGAGAUAUUUCACUUUCCUUCUGCAUAUCAUUACAGCACACAUAAAACUCCAUGCCUUUUCUCUCUAAUGCUUUAUAAUCCCACGAUCCAAUGUGACCCAAAAGAGGAUCCUUGGUUUCGUCUUUAAUUCUGUUUCCUGUCAAGGUUUCUUCCUUCCUCAUCUUGUCUCAAAGUUUUUCCUUCCUUAUCACCUCUGGAUAAUUGUCAGAUUCGGGACCUGAAUCUACAUCCAGAUUUCUGUAAAAGUUGCUUUGUUGUUAAAAGCAAAACACAAAUAAAUGUAACUGAUUUUAAGUUUUAAAAUUAAAUUAAAAUAUUUUCUUAAUUUGUUUGUAAUGUUGCAGAUGAUAUAUUUAAGUUAUUCCACGAAAUCAAGUCAUACAUGAGCUGAUAGCUGACGAGGUGCAUAGCACCGAGUUGUCUAUAAGCCAUGUAUGAUGAGAUUGAGUGGAAUAACUGUUUUAUUCUAUCCACAUUCACUGGAUUUUGAGAAACAGCAUUUUUAUUUUUUGCAAAUUCGAUAAAUAAAAACUUUAUACAAAACGUCUGACAAAAUCAUUUCCACUUAGAAUGUAAACAAACCAGUGAAAUGACAGGAGCAAUUUCUCAAAAAUGUGAUAAUUCUUGAAAAAUAAAGAUCUGUUCUUACCAUCAAAUACCUUCAUUCCAUAUUUUGUUGCUUUUUUUUAAAUUUUUUGUGGUUUUGUUUUUGAGUAGAAUUUUUAUUUCAUCCUCGGUUGGUUCAGCAACAUGCUCCGCCAUUUUGUUUUUCUCUACUCACAGUAUAUGAGCUGAUAGCCUAAUAGUAGAGUAGCCAAUCAGAGCAGGCGAUUGCUCAUAUCCAGUGAAUGUGGAUAGAAUAAUAGUUAAUAGCAUGCGUAAUCUAUUACAUUUUCUACUAUUUUUAAAAUGUUCUCUUACACUGUAGUAAUAAACAUAUCAAAUAUCAACAGAAAAA